UGAAAAAAGCGAACGGGCUGACUGCUGCACGCCCGUUGACCACCCGCGAGGGGCCGAAUAUUCGGGCCAGUGCUUAAACGCAGAGCCGCAAACCAUCGCUUGAAGACGAUGUUCGUCGCAGAAAGCGCCGACUCGGAGAGGCAGCUAGCCGCCAACGAACUCCGACGCAUGGGCUUCCGAGUUCCGAGCCUCAAGGGAACACCGACCACGGGCAAACAGGCAACGUCGGACGUGUGGCCGCUGUUUGGCGUGGACAUCUUGGAGCAGCCGCAGCAGUCCUCGCACCUGGUGGCCGGACUAACAGUGCCUUGGUUUUUGGAUGAGAGCCUGCGCGUGCUCAUUUCGCAUGCGUCGACCGAAGGAAUCCUUCGCAAGUCGGGCUCGCUCUCCAGACAGCGGCUGCUCAGGUCUUCGUUGGAGACGAGUGCCUCGCUGAGCAUUGCCUCUGUGGUUCUGGCGUCUGCGCCUGUGCACGACGUGUCUGGCCUCCUGAAGCAGUGGCUGCAACUUCUGCCUGAGCCUCUGCUGCCUAAGCCUCUUCUUCAGCUGCUGCUCAGGUGCCAGGUGAAGCACGGCCUGGAGGCAGUGUUGCUGGGCCUUCGCAUCCUGCCGGAGGAGCGGCUGGCGUGCCUGCGCCAUCUCCUGUCAGGCCUGACUCGGCUGGCAGCCGAGCCCCUCAACCGCAUGGGAGCACACAACCUGGCCCUCGUCCUUGCGCCCACCCUCUGCUGCUCUUCAGCAGUGCAGGGAGCCAACAGGGAAGAUCUGGACCGCCUGGUCUCCCUGGUGGAAGUGCUCAUUGGUUCUUCCCACUUGGUGGGCUCCAGCCCGCCACCGUUGCCUGGCCGGGAGGGCCGUCAGAAGACGAAGUCUGCAUGCGUGCUGCUGAACCAGCUGCGACGCCUGGUGACUCAGCGCAAGGAGCCCGGAGGAGAGAUGGACGCCGUGGUGCCAGAUUCCACCACUGCACUGCCCAUUCUUCCUUCGGGUUCAAAGCGCCGCAAGCCACGAGAGCUCCUGCCUCGCGGACUGUCUCCCUGGAAAAGGUGGAUCUUGCAGGCCAUACGGGCUGCAGGCCUGACACUCGAGCCGGAGAAAUGCCACUCCUGCUUUGAGGAACUACAGUUUCUUGGCCAUGUUCGCCAGGACGACGAGGAAAAAGUGAUCGCUUACGCUAGCGGAGCUGUCACGCACAGAAGGCGAAGCGCGAGGAGGGGCAGGCGUUCAGCCGGCACCAGCAGCAGGCGUGUGCCACUCCCGAGCUGCUCGACAAACUGCGCGAGGAGGUUGCUUCGCUGCCGCCAUUGCAGGUGGAGGACAAUGUUGGUCCAAAGUGGAGAUGCCAAUGUGCCUGCGAGUGUGAAUCCUCUGGAAAAAGCGGCUGCAGUCCAGGAAGAGAGUGGCUCUUCCGACACCAUCAAACAACCAGAGCCCAAGACUGAGCCAGCGGUACCACAGACGGCGCACUUCUUCCGCGGCACCAACACCACAUCGUCGAUCAAGACCAACCUUCGCCGUGGUCGGCCCAACUCCCUGCGGACGGGGCUGCCGUCCCCGCGUCCAUUGCGGCACGGGCCGGGAACCAGGAGGCACUCUAGCACAGGCAGCCAACACAGGCCACCUGUCGGCAAAGAAAACCUGAAGAGCAGCUUGCGUUUCACUUCACAAGGCGAAUGCAUCUUCAACGCACCCGCGAUGGCUCACCUCGCCGCAGUCAAGGCACGCAGGGAAGCAUUUGUAUCUCAGCUGGUCUCCACGGGCUCCACCAAUCUAGAACACUGCAACUUCCAGCCUCGUCGAGGAGGCAGCAUUGAAGAGCCACACUCUCGCCUGGAGGCAGUUAUCGAGGCGCCACUCACACCUGCCGAGGAAGUGCCGAAGGAAGAUCCAGAUGUUCGGCUUUGUGAGAAGGUGGAGGACGAAUCCGAGUCCAUGGAUGUAGACGAAAGCCCCGACGCAGACUCUACAAAUGUUGCUCCAGAGUCAAGUCUAUUGCGUACCCCGGUGACACCUGCUCCUGUUCCAGCCAAAGCUGCAGCGUUGCAGGAGAAGAUGACAAUGGCGGCCCCCACUAAAAUACCCAGCAGGCGCACAGCUCCGGCCCCAUGCAACGACGACUUCAACUUCGCGCUGCCAGACCUUCCUCUUGAGCCAUCUCCUUCGACGAAGCGGGAGAGCAUCAUCCAGAUUCGCCAGCGUAACGCAGGCAUGGUGCGGAGCAGCGUAGAAGUGUUUAACAGAGCCGCUGCUGCAGCUCGAGAGAGCCCCGUGGUGACACGCAGCCGCCGGACAGUGGUGGCACGCAACACCUCCACGACCAGCAGGCCACCGCUGAGGGAAACAAACUUCCGGCACCCCGGCAGUCCUACAAGGCGGGAGCGGCGCGACUGGGAAAUGGAACUCUAG